AUGUCUGCCACCACGCGAGGUCGUUAUGCUCGCAUCUGCAUUGAGGUGCCUAUUGAACAACCAGUGAAGUCCCAUGUAUUUAUUGGAAAUCAUAGACAACAAAUCCUGUACGAAGGACUAUCCAUGCUCUGCACCUAUUGUGGAAGAUUUGGCCAUACGAAGACUCUUUGUACCUACUCACUUUCCACUACAAAUCCUUCCCAACCUUCUUCCUCAAGUUCACCCAAACAUCCACACCUGCCUUGUCCUACACCAAAUGCCAUUAGUAGUGAAUGGCAAACUGUAUCAUUCCAAGCCAGACGUAAGAAUACUAGCCCAUUAAGAGGUAAAAAAACCUCUCCAACAAGCCCUACUCACACCAUACAACACCUUGUUCCUACCAGCACAGACGAGCCAACAGGAUCGCACCAUCUCCGCUACAUGGACAACACAGGUACGUCUUCUAAUUCCCCACUCCCAUCCCCGAUUCCCCCCUCUAAAAAAAUUGACAAAUCGGCCCCUGGGAAGUUUUUUACUAAGGAAUUGCUACAAUUACUUAAUGAAAAUACGGAGGAAACCACACCCAAUUCUUCAUCGGACCCUUCCCCUUCGGACCCUGGCCCAACACAAUCUCUCUCUAAGCCCAGUAAUACCAGCACCGCACUCUCUACCCAUGCAAUUGGCCUGGCCCAAUUUUCCACCACUACACCGACUACACAACUUAUCCACCAAUCAGACGCACCUUCCUCCACGUCUACUCCAUUAAUUGCCUCCCAAUCCCACGUGGCUUCGCCUUUACACGUAGCUGCCACCUCAACCUCUCAGCAUUCCCAAACCCCAAUUACGUCUGCCAUGCUCAUUACAGACCCCCAUCAUGAUGGCCCUAGGAAACCUACCACCCCAAGCCCAAACCAAUUACGACCCACUUCUUCGUUAGCCCAGACACCCCCUCUCGAACCCAAUAACCCACCCAUGCAAGAAUCAUCAUUUCACCUUUCAAAUCCACCGUUCCAUCUGGCCACUCCCAUAAAUUCCUUCACUGAAGAAAAUCCAUUAAUACCCCCUACUACUUCUAAUACCACUAUCUUAUGCAACGACCCCAACUUAACUAAUGUUAUAAUUAAUCAACAUGAACCUAAUGGGACUAAACCAUCAACACAGAAGAACCCGAGCUCACUCAUCCUCACCACUUCACAGACAUCCCCUCACCAUGAAUCCACCAAGCAACAACUGGAACCAACCCACCCCACAUCUACCACCACUAUUCAUCACACAAUACCCUCCCAUGCAAGCUUACCCAAACUCCUGGCUCGAGAUGAGCCUACAAGACCAUGCAUUGACCUUCAUGAUGGAAGUCGAAGGUCAGGAGGUGAUACUAGUGCUACAGAAUCCGGCAGACAUUGCCCAAAUAGUUACAGAGGGCAUGAGGAUGGGAGUGGAGUUGUACAACCAAUAUCUAUGGGCGAUGCACCCUCCCUCCUCCAUGCAACACGUUCAAACUCACACCCCGUUGCCCCCGAUGUACCACAAUCAAACUGCCUCAAUGGAGCUUCCAUUCUACCCCACUCAACUGCCAGCAAACUCAUUAGUGCCAUGGAUACAACCCAGGGCAUCACUAUACAUCCCCUCACCCUAUAA